CAUCUGGUAGCUGUGACUGAAAGGAAGAGGAGACCAACUGGGACAGCAGCAGCAGUUUCAGGACGCAAAAUAUUGUUAGAUAACAGACUCGACGAGGUUUUACACCGAAAUGGGAAAAGAAGUCUUGGUGAUCUUCUAAGAUGUUUCCUCACCACAGAGAAAGGGAGCAGCCGAUCUUCAGCGCCCGGGCCCAUGUUUUCCAAAUCGACCCCACCACCAAGAGGAACUGGAUACCGGCCAGCAAGCAUGCUGUCACAGUGUCCUUCUUCUACGAUGCCACCCGCAACGUGUAUCGCAUCAUUAGUGUGGGCGGGACAAAGGCAAUUAUCAACUGCACUGUUACGCCCAGCAUGACAUUUACUAAGACGUCUCAGAAGUUUGGUCAGUGGGCUGACAGCCGCGCCAACACGGUCUACGGUCUGGGCUUUGCCACAGAGCAGCAACUGCAUCAGUUUGCAGAGAAGUUUAAGGAGGUGAAAGAUGCAGCUCGUCUGGCGCGAGAAAAGUCACAGGACAAAGAACUGGCCAACACUGCGCUCACCAUCGCUGCUCCUCAGUUCUCACAGGACCUCUCGGAUGAACUCCAGUCUCCACCGGUGAUGUGCGUGAAUGGACCGGAGGACAAGCUGUUUCGCAGCCAGAGCGCAGACAUCACCCUGUCUUCUGAGAAGGAGCGCAUUAAAAAGAUGCUCUCGGUGAGGGUUAAGGUCCAGCUCACUGAAACAGCAACUGAUGAAACGGCUCUCGAGUCUAUCCCAGCUGCCAUAGGGCGGGAGGCAGGGUCUAUUUGUGAGAUGAACCUGGAAGCUGAGCUCUUCACUUUACAGGACAGCAACUCUAAGUUGGUGGCAGCUUUGCAUGAAGCGAAUGCUAACGUGGAGCAGUGGAAGAAACAGCUGACAGCAUAUCAGGAGGAGACCGAAAGACUCAGAGACCAGGUGGCUGACCUUGAAGCCCACGGCCCCAGUGAUCUGUUGAAGGAUGAGCUGACCCAGUCCCUGGAGGAGCUGGAGGCCUUGCUGAAGGCUAAAGAUGAGGAAAUUCACAUUUUGCAAAGCAAAAAAGCAGAGUACCACGAAAUGGAGCAUCAGCGUGACGAGGCCAUCCACAGAUUACGGGAGAUGGAGAUGCGAAACUCGGACCUGGAACGCCGCAUCCAGAACACGGAGCAGAACCUGAGUAACUCUCUGGAGGACCGGGAUCGCUUGGAUACUGAGAUCCAGAGAGCCAUAGAAAUUCUGGACAUCAAGAUCUUUGACCUUAACGACCUCCGCCAGAGCCUUGUUAAACUUAUUGACAAAUAGGAAGGGUGGGUGAAACAUGGCAGAGUGCAACCUGUAAGAGAAAUGGAAGAGAGGACAGGGGUUCCGGCAGGAAGCAGUAAACAAAAUAAGAAGGAGCUGGUCCCGGUCCUCUUCAAGCACAAAACCCACCUCGGCUGCAGGAAGGUCUGUGUCACAGCAGUGACGGCAACAUCGCGCUGACUCUGAGCAGCAGCAUAUAUAUGGUAGAGCUUGUCCCGACUUAACGUAACGCUUCAUGUUGCUUUCGAGGGUAACACUCAGUGCAAUAAACCAACUUAUAAGGUAAGUGCUUAACAAUGCUAGUCAUUUAGGAUUUAGAACUGGUGCUUCUGGUCUUUCAUAAGGAUCACCUUUGUACCCAAAAUCACAAUGCAGUGUCAAUAUGAACAAUAAGAGGCCUUGUUUUUCAUCUUUACAACAAAAUGAGUCCAUGCUUAGAAACAGAGGAGCUGAAAAGUGAACGCACAAGACAAAAAAAAGAAGUUUAGCUUAUUUAAGAGCCUGCAUACGCCAUAAUUAUUACUGGGUUAACAGUUCACACAGGUCUUGUAGUUACCCAUACGUAAUCUAGCAGCUAUAUUGUGUAAUGUGAAGGACCAGUGUUAUUUUUUCAAAGGAAUAUUCAAGGAUAGUGAAGGCGUGUGCUCGUAGUUGUCGAUAAUGUGGUUAAUCUAGGACAUGCAACUUGAAUAGCAACAGCAUCUAAACAUUGACACCAAAGAUCAAAUGUUAAGAGCAGAGGGGGAAAAAGAGUUUUCCGUGGCGCGUCUUUUAUCACAUCCUCAUUUCUUGUAUUAGGAAACUUUUGAUUCCUCAGUAAGCUACUUAAGUACAUGAUAGUAAGUAGGAAAUAUUAAGCAAUUAAAGUUAGCAUAACAGUGGUUUUCCAAAUGAUAUAAAUCAAUAAGCUGCACUUAAGAAGUAACCAUAGGAAAUUAAAAUGCAUCACUUAGUCUUACAGGUAAAUAUAAGUGACUUUUGAGCUUGUCCAGUCUGAAUGAUAUGCUGUGCAUCAUCUACUAACAAAGCACUAACUUAGUAACUUAUUUACAAUAGCUUCACAUCUUAAUGAACACGUUUCUCUCAUUGGUGUGAUGCAUCUGAAGAAAUGUAAGAUGUUUUCUGCCUUCUGUUACUUUUGAGCACAUUACCUUUAGCUGUGGACAGUAUGCCAUAGGCCUUGAGAUUGUGGCCGUACUGUAUGAAUAAUUAAAUACGUUAAAAAAGAAAAACAAUGUCUACUUCAGAGUCUUUUCAUCACACAGACUGUAUCAUAUGACAUUUUUUAAGCCUUACUGUAUGGAGGAUGAAUGUGAACGGUGAUGUCGGCUCUCUGGGCCGCGUCAUGGUGGUUUGAAAAUAAAAGCAAACAUUAAAAUCACUUUAUGCAGCAUUUCGUCUUUUUUUUCUUCUUGGGUUUGUUUGUUUUUCUUUGGUGAAUAUUGCAUAGAAAAUACUUGGGACACUGAAAAAAAUGCUUGUAUGAAAGAAUGAAUGAGAUGUCUUGGAAGUGCUCUGAGUACUUAAGUAUAAGAACCAGUCCAUUUACCAUCAUUUGCAGGUGCGACUGACUCAAAACUCAAAAUGUAAUACUAUUACCUACAUUCAAUAACGCUUUGUUAUUUUUUUU